AACAGAGUAAGGAUAUGUAUCGAGCGUUUUACAUGUACAGGAGUUAAAUAGGAUACAUGUAACAUGUAGGCGUUUAAUACAAAUAUGUGUAUAACCAAUAUUAUGGGCAUUUAAAGUACGGUCAAAAGUGUAGAUUAAUCAAAUAUUUAACCAGGGAGUGGGAGAGUGGGAAACGAAGCAGAAAGUUAUUUUCAGUGUUACAUCGACGGACAGUGUAGGCACACAGCAGAAAUGGGCAGGAAAAACCUGUUGGAAAACAACCGGGCGAAAGAUGGUCUUUCGGGUUGGGAGGUGACGGCCGCUGGCGGGGACGGCUUCUGUUGCGAGGACGAGAUAUCAGGAUGUAAGGACAUCUGCGAAUGUACGUCCGUCAAAGGAAGUUGCGGCUACUGGUGCACGAGUCACGACCCUUGCGAGAAGCGACAGCUGGUAGACUUGCUGGAUAAGGGUGUUAGCGACGCGAAACUGGACGGGAAGAAGCCUCCUAUUAUCGUCAGAGACUGGUACUGUUCCCGGGGGGACUGCGGGUGCGAUUACUGGGUGAAGGUGCGGUUGUUGGGGGAGGACCGGGAGACGGAGCUGGACGCCUGGGAGUUUAAGGACACUCUAGAGGAGGGCGCUGAUUGGAAGAAGUCGAGGCACGUGUUUAAGGGGUACCCGGAUGGAGUUCGGUUUGUGGAGUUCAGCCACGGGGGUAAUGACUCUAAGAACUGGGCGGGGCAUUUCGGAGUCAAGAUGACGAACUCGGCGGUCUUCGUCGGCAAGAAGAGGAGUAACAAGAAGAAAAGGACGGCGAGAUCAGCUUCCGGGAAGAACCUUCUGAAAAAUCCAGACGCAACAGAUGGAAUGGAUGGCUGGGAAGUUGUGGAAAACGGCGGUGACGGAUGGAUAGUGGAGGAAGAGGCUGGCGGUUGUGAACCCAUACAGGACGCCAACCCUGACGCCAGCGGCAACAGUUGCUGGGCAACGUCCCAUGGCAACUGUGUGAAAAAGCAGACGAUCGACCUCAGUUUUUCCGGCAUCGACAAUGACGUCAUUGAUGACCAGAAACCAGAAAUAAAAGUGUCCGAGUGGUACGGUAGCCGGGGAGACGCCGGAUGUCAGUAUCGCCUGCAUGUUCGGCUGCUGAACGCCGAUCUUGAGGAGUUGGACCAAAAGGACGUCACCAACACAAAGGACGCCGCUUCCGGUUGGACCAAGGCGGAGCUGUCCUUCACAGACUACGGCUCUGGUGUCAGGUUUCUCGAGUUGUCACAUGGAGGUAGUGACACGUGCUCGUGGGCGGGGCAUUUUGGCGUCAAGAUCACCGGCUCCUGCGUUACCAUGGAGAUAGCCGAGCAGACGUCAUCCUCAUCUUCCUCGUCUUCCUCGUCUUCGUCGUCUUCCUCUGACGAAAAUUAGACUUGUUUCAAAAUGACGCCUAUAGUUUACCGUCGGAGAUUAUUCAACUUUCGUCGCUUAUAAGUAUUAUUGACACAAAUAUUUUCAACUCAAGGAAAACGCGGUGUUUCUGAUGUCGAAGAUUGCUUGAUGCGAGCUCUAACUGUCGCAUGAUCAACUUUUAAACGGGUUUAGUUGAAUUUCCUUUGUGUCCACUUCUCUCUGAGUAUAUAUUAUUUCUUAAUGUGUGCAUGAACUUAAAACCUUUCUAAAAUGUGAUGUUUUUUUCAUUGUAGUAGUAGAAAGCAACGAGAAUAAACUAAAUGAAAUAGUC